AGGAAGUAGGAGCUGAGAAUAAAAAGGCUGUGAGCUGAAGGCAAAGGGUACACACUGACUGGCAGCUCUCCACUGCGUCUUAGCAUAAGAACCACCGCAGUGACUUAGCAAAGGAAAACAGUCGCUGAAGACACAUCUUUACCAGGCUGCUACGUAGCACCAGGCAUCAAGCCACAAUCUCCAUUUCUUCAAAGAGCAAAGUGAAGCGAAGUUCCCCAGAAACAUGAUUGGCCUGUGGUUCCUCUCUGUUCUCACUUACGGAUUCAUGGUGCUUGAGGAGGGCAAUUGCUGGACAUACCACUAUUCAGAAAAAAAUAUGACCUAUAAGCUUGCGGAGGAAUGGUGUAGGAAACACUAUACAAAUAUGGUUGCCAUUCAGAAUAAGGAGGAAAUUGUCCAUCUGAAUGCAUUUUUACCCUUCAAUCCAAGUUAUUACUGGAUUGGAAUCAGGAAGAUUGAUAAUGAGUGGACCUGGGUUGGAACAAGAAAACGGCUGACUGACGAGGCUAAAAACUGGGCUAAGGGUGAACCAAACAACAAAAAGAAUGAUGAGGACUGUGUUGAAAUCUACAUCAAAAGAGAGAAGGAUGCAGGCAAAUGGAAUGAUGAAAGAUGCAGCAAACAGAAGGUUGCCUUGUGCUAUGCAGCUUCCUGUCACCAGUCUUCCUGCAGUGGCCAUGGUGAAUGCCUGGAGACCAUUAACAAUCAUACCUGCCUCUGUGAUGCUGGUUUCUAUGGGCCUGAAUGCCAGCAUGUUGUGACUUGCGAUCAAUUAAAAGAACCCGAUCAAGGGACACUGGAGUGCAGCCAUCCACUGCAGAACUACAGCUACAACUCAUCCUGUGAGAUUCAGUGUGCAGAAGGCUAUGAAUCAACUGGGUUUGAACCAGUUUGGUGUACCUCUUCUGGAAACUGGUCUGCACCCAUUCCAGCAUGUAGAGUUGUGCAGUGUGAUGGCUUAAAGGCUCCGGCUCAUGGCUCCGUGACAUGUUCUCCUGCCUCUGGGAACUUUCUGUGGAAUUCAACCUGUGAGUUUGCCUGUGAAGAAGGGUUUGUGUUGAAGGGAUCAGACAGGCUGCAGUGUGGCGCUUCUGGAAAGUGGAAUGGACAGCAGCCGGAAUGUGAAGUUGUGCAGUGUGAUGGCUUAAAGGCUCCGGCUCAUGGCUCCGUGACGUGCUCUCCUGCCUCUGGGAACUUUCUGUGGAAUUCAACCUGUGAGUUUGCCUGUGAAGAAGGGUUUGUGUUGAAGGGAUCAGACAGGCUGCAGUGUGGCGCUUCUGGAAAGUGGAAUGGACAGCAGCCGGAAUGUGAAGUUGUGCAGUGUGAUGGCUUAAAGGCUCCAGCUCAUGGCUCUGUGAUGUGCUCUCAUGCCUCUGGGAACUUUCUUUGGAAUUCAACCUGUGAGUUUGCCUGUGAAGAAGGGUUUGUGUUGAAGGGAUCAGACAGGCUGCAGUGUGGCACUUCUGGAAAGUGGAAUGGACAGCAGCCGGAAUGUGAAGUUGUGCAGUGUGAUGGCUUAAAGGCUCCGACUCAUGGCUCCGUGACGUGUUCUCCUGCCUCUGGGAACUUUCUGUGGAAUUCAACCUGUGACUUUGCCUGUGAAGAAGGGUUUGUGUUGAAGGGAUCAAAUAGGCGGCAGUGCAGUGCUUCUGGAGAGUGGGAUGGACAGCAGCCAGAAUGCGAAGCUGUGACGUGUGAAGCAGUGAACAGGCCUGAAAAUGGCUUUGUGGAGUGUACCGCCCGUCAUCCAGAAUUCACCCACAACUCAGCCUGUGAGUUCCGUUGUGAGGAGGGCUACAGAUUAAGUGGAUCACCCAAGAUUCAGUGCACAGCGCAGGGAGAAUGGUCAGAGCCCUUCCCAAAGUGUGAAGUUACACAGUGUGAAACCCUGAUACUCCCUGAGAAGGGCUCCAUGAAUUGUUCACACCCUCUUGGGGAUUUUACAUACAGCACAGUUUGCGAGUUUAACUGUACAGGGGGAUGGUUGCUAAAAGGCUCUCACGUACUUCAGUGUGGCGCUGCAGGGAACUGGACUGCAAGUCAGCCAACAUGCGAAGCUCCUCAAGUGCCUGAAGAACUGCUCAGUUACGUCUCUGUUGGAAUAGCAGCCACUGGAGCCUCACUCCUGUCGACAGCAUCAUUCCUCAUAUGGCUUGUAAAGCGCCUUCGAAGGAAAGCAAAGAAAUUUACUCCUGCCAGCAGCUGCCAGAGUCUCAAUUCAGAGAGUACCUUCCAAAGCACUGCUCAUCUAAUCUAAUGCCAAGUGACUCUGGAAUUGAAGCUAUUUUCACUGAUGCCUCAGAGCUGCUCAGGAAAUGGAGCUAUGCAGUCCUCAGCAAGCGGCCAGGUGUUGAUGCAUCUUGCUGACAAGAUGAUUAGCCUUGGGUCUUGCUACUAAAUACUGAGCUCAGUCAUCUGGUUCUGCCACUGAAGAGAAGCAAGCUGUGGGUAAAACCCUAGCUGUUUACCAAGAGACUACAUGGGUCCCGUCAAUGUAUAGCUACAGUGAUUGGGAGAUCUCUAUUCAUUCUCUGGAUGGGGACAAAAAAAGCUGCUAUCUAUGGGAGAGGUUGGACUCCUCUAGGGUCAGUCUGUAGGUACCAGGGUGGAGUGAACACUUUGCAAUAUACACGGCUGGAGAUCUCUCCCAUGGAAACACAUGGGUCACAAUUUUUAAAGCAAAAUAGUUAGAAUGGGAAAUAUCUGUGGAAUUUCCUUACAAACCAUUGAUUUGGUUCACUGGUAAUUGUUGAAGUAAAUGUGCUGUAACAAUAUGUCACAGUUAAUCGAUCUGUUUGUAACACUAUGGGCAAGGUGUUUUGCUGCAGUUCCCAAGGAGUUUUUAUAUUGUAACGUUAAACCCUUGCUAAUGGGAGCACUAUCAGAGUUGGUAAUUAUGCCAGGCACCCUGGUUCGUGAAUGCAGCAAGUAGACCUGAAAUAAUUUCAUCCCCAUGGGAUUAAGUAUUGUAAUCUAUAUAAAUAUAUAUUUUGUUUCUUGUGCACUUUCUAUACUGUUUGUAAAUCGUAGAACUGCUGUAGGAUAUCUGCCCUAGAGUUCAGGAUCAUAGAUGUUCUGCAAAAAGUAUGUGACAUCUACUCUGUUCAGAUAAAAUAGCCAGUUGUAUAACGCAAAAGGUAGCGACUACAGGCCUUCUGUGUACUUAUUCCUUUAAAUUUAUUUGUCAUUUAGGGACAGACAUGAUUAAAGGUCUGUAUGUGCAUUCAUGUGUGUCUGAACAUAAGAACAUAACAUAACACUAGAUAGAAGUAAAAUAUCAUGUAUUAGACCUUUGAGGUCUAAUCCUACUCUCAUUAACACUGAUGGCAAAACUCCCGUUAAUUUCAAUGAUUCAGGAAAAGGCCCUUCAUAACUUACAAGUUGUUCUUUGUGACACCUUUGUGAAUAUUGCGUUUGAUAACAUUGCAUACACAAUAGUCCAAUGAAAAGACCUGAGGUCAUAUUUUAGUGGCUGAUGUUUCUGUAAGAAGCAGUUAUGUGCGACUGAAUAUUUGGGGCAGAGCUUCACCUGAUAUAAAUUGUCACAGCUCAAUCAGAGGUACCCUUUUAUGGUUUUCAUGUCCGUAUAUUUAAAUAUAAACUGGCAGCAUAAGAAGAUGUUUAUAUAUAAUGAAUAUAAUCUGCUUCGGUUUUAUAUUAUCAGUAUGGUUUUGAAUAAGUUAUGUAUUUAUUGUAUUUAUGAUUACACAGUUGUGGCUGCUUUUAAUCUGGUAUGUGCUGUGCUCUAUGUGAGGUUGAUUAAUAAAAUGGUUUGAGAUUACUGUUUA